CCACAAUCAGCUGUUUGAACGUUCUAAUUUCUUAGCCGAGAUCAACUGGGGAUUCAGCAAUAACCGAAAAUUCAUAAUAUUAAGACUACAGCCGAGGGGAGGAAAGGCAUCUGGACGCGAGGGCAGUUGCAUGCAGUUUGAAUGGUGCAUAUCUUCUGAGAAGAUCAGAGACACCAUUUACAUCACCUCGUCUCCCUGCAUCUUUUUCGGAGGGUUUUUUUUUUUUUUAAUAAUCAUUUCUCGUAUUGAGCUUGGUUGAUUUCAAUUAAAACUACCUCACGGACUCUGCCUCAAGCUGGUGCUUUUUUUUAAAAUAAAAAACCUUGUGGUUUUUUCGUGUGUGUGUACGUGUGGCGUUGUUUACAAAACAUUUGAUGACAUUAAAGGCAAGGCCUUUGCACUGAAGCCAACUGAAGAACCUUAUGAUUGCACUAUAUGUAACUCAACUCAGCUAGGACUUCACUAGAAAACAACCAGCUCCUCUGCCUUUUGGAAGGAACCAUCCAUCAGCUUUCCCCAACCUUUGCUCCUCAUCAUUGGCAUCUUCUGUCUCCAGGCACUGAAAGGGGCACCUACAAACUAAUUCCAUCUUUCAUCCACCUCAUAAAUCAUUCCCCAGCCAUGUUCCAGCGACUCACCAGCCUCUUCUUCAGUGACAGCAGCACUCCUGAGGACCUUGAGGAACCCAAGCCCUUUGUUUCUAAAGAGGAAGAAGAAGAUGGAUGGCUCAUUAUUGAUCUACCAGAUAGUUAUGCUUCAACCUCCAGUAAAGAGCGGUGGGUAGGUAAGAAGGAUUCUGUUUGUGCUUCUCGUUGCCGCCAUGGGUCCCCUUCACCUACCACAUCUUCGCCCUGCUCCCUCAGUGACUGUGUCAGCAGGCCCGUGCCCUCUCAGCCUGACCCCUGCUUGAUGGACGAGAGUUGGUUUGUUACCCCUCCCCCCUGUUUUACUGCAGAAGGUCCUGACCCUGUCAGCAUGGAAAGCAGCCCCAUGGAGGAUCUCUUGAUUGAACACCCCAGUAUGUCUGUGUACGUCACCGGCAGCAUUGUUGUGGAGAGCGAGAAGCCUGAGGAGCACAUCCAUGAAGGUGAAGUUCCUGAUUGCCGUUUGCAGCGCCAUGCCCCACACCACUCCACCUCUCUUGCCACCAAGGCUGCCAUUUUGGAGAAGGUCAACCAAGUGCGCCGGAUUCAGAGAGCAAAGCAGCAGAUGGAGAAGCACAAGCUAAGUCAGAAAGUCAUGAAGCGGCAGAACCGCACCAGAGAGUGCCGCCCACGACGGGCCAAACACCAAGGCAGCUUUGUCUACCAACCAUGCCAGCGCCAAUACAACUACUAAAGCUACUUCAGGAAGUCUACACUGUGGGGCAUUAUCUUUUAACUUUCAGCUUCAUCACUUCCUCACAUGCUUUCAACUGAAAGGAUUGUCUUCGUCCAUUUCCUGAAACGAACCCAUUCCCCCUGUCCAAUGUUGAGAGAACCUCCUACAUUCUCCUGAGCUGGCAACAUCCAAUGGUAGUUCUUCUGGGGCUUUUCUUGGGCUUUAUUUCCCCCCUUCCCCCUUUUAGCAACAAAUACAUUUUCUGAUCUAUGACCUAUUUUCCUCUUUGGGUUUAAUCUCUUUCACUACCUUCCCUGCUUCCCUAGUAUUCCUCACAGAUUUGUAACUGAAGGUUAAAGAAACCCAACAUGUCCCACUAACAUUGACCUAGUUUUCACAUAACACUAACCCAUGAUAUAGGUUGUUGAAUUCUGGGCUGCUUAUAAACCAUGGUUUUUAACCAUGAACAACCAAGAAGGAAGCCACAUGGUUUGUUGUUGGCUUGGGAAGUCUGCAUUGUUUAAACUAUGGGUUGUCAUCACAUGUGAACUCAGAACCAUGGGUUAUUCAUGGAUUGUUUCACCAAGUUACAGAUGCAAUAGGCAACAGCUGCUCUACAUGCCAAGGUUAUAGUGCUGCAAAGCAUUUUGAAUACAGGGAGUGAGCAGGCAAAAAAGGAAGGAAACCAACCAGAGAGUGAGAAAACAAACCAUACUUUAUUCAGUUACCUGUCUGGGUAGAGCAACAAACUGUCGGUUAAAUAAUCCAAAGGUUAGUGUUAUGUGUGAACCAGAUCAUAAAGGAACAAGUCUGCAAGUCUGCUCUGAAACUCCAAUGUAUAUUUUGGGGGUUUUAUGUGUUGGAAAAAUGUGUAUGUAUCUUGGUUACCAAGAGAGAUCAUUUCCCUUUGUGUUGAUAUUUUCCUUGGUUCCUAGGUAGCAUGAAUUAACACACUGGCUCUUGUAGCGGUUACCAGUGUUGGACUAAUUUGGUGCUUCCAGUGCAUAUAUCACAUUUCUUUUUCUUUUAAUGUUAUUGAAGGGACAAGGUGCCCUGUCAUUCCCUUUUGGCCCUUGUUGCAAUGGGGAGCCUGUGACAUCAGUGCCUUUCUUUAUGACAUCACACUCUUCACAGUGGAUAUAGACUGUGAUGUCAGAAAUGGAAAUACCAGGUUUAUGUCCAAAUUUGAACAUGCAAACAAUAAAUACACCCAAUAGGUCCCAUUUCAAUGAUUAGCAAAAAAGUAUCAAGAUAGAAGGCCCCUUGAAAAUAUAUACAAAUUGCAUAUUUGCUGAGUCCAUACAGAAGCUGGUGGUAUGAAUCAUCCUGGCAUAUUCUUCAUAAUAUUCAGGUUAUGAGCCAACUCCAUGGAAAAUUGUGGGAGUUUUGUCAUUAACUUCAAAUGGAGAGUAGCUUAUGCCAGAAUUUUCUGUUCAGAAAUGUCAUGCAAUGUAAGGCAAAACCUUUGAAAGUCCAUCCUGAGCUUCUGCAAUUACCAGCUGCAGAGGUUCAGCAUUAUUUAAAGCUCAUGAGUUGUUUGCUGCAGUUCACACAUAAUGGCUUUUUCAAAAUACACACAGAAGAGACUUUUUCCAUCUGGUUAUUUGCAUGGCUAACACAGUUUUUCCUCCCAAUAAUAUUCACAUCUCCAUAGAUUAAUGAUCAGGUAUUCAAACCCAUGUGGGCAGAGCACAGUGGGAAGAGCUGGCAAUUUUUAGAAGGAUGUGAAUGUGCAUAAGCAUAAAAUAGAAUUAAAAGCUAAAAUCCUGAAAUAGAAUUAAAGUAUCAAACUUGCAUUUCUUCUUCUCAUGCCUUUUAUCAUAAGGUUGCUCAUAGUAAUAAUCUUUGGUAAAAGGAUGUUUUUAUCAUAUUAAAAGGAAAUUGCUAUCAUAACUUUGUAAAAAGAAUAAUUCUGAACAGAAGUGUGAAACUUCUUGUUCUGAGGACCUUUAUUGGGGAUGAAUGCAGUCCAGACACACCAAUAGCAAGUGUGUUUAAUGAGAAAUAAUUUCUCUCACUGGUUUCAAUAGGACUUGAAAUUCUUUACUCUGGCUGGAUCAUGCUCUAGCACCCAGAGUAGUGGUAAAACAUAAUUUAAUUAAUUCAUGUAUCCAUCCUCCACACAACAUUUCAAAUUCAUCAGUAUUCUUAUUUUAGCAUUGCUAAAGCCAAUGACCUCAACAGAGAAAGGGGCUUACAACUUUGCAGAGGUAAAGUAUGUUGAAGAGAAUGCUGAAGGACGUUCAGUGGAUAAGGUACUGAAAGAAGCUGGAUGAUGAAGGGGAAAGGGUAGAAGACAGAAUACAAGGCUUAAGGCUGGAAUCCUAUGCACACUUCCUAGUAUCACAGCCUUCUGCCUGAUGCCCUUCAGAGAUUUAGGACUACCACUCUCAUCAUCCUCACCAAGCCCAUUUUCCAAAACAUUUGGAAGGCUGGGAGAAGGCUGUACGAGAAAGUAAGUGUUACUGUGCUCAAUGGACUCAUAGGAUCAGAGAAGAUGGGAUCUGAAGUUGCUAGACAGAUGUAAGCCAAAGAUAUGGAGGUCUGGACUUUAGGCAGUAGAAGAGUGGUAGGCAGCCUGGUGCUUUCUAGGUGUCUUGGUUUAUAGUGCCCACAAUGUUUAUUCAUUGGCUCUGCCAGCUGAAAUCCAUGGGAGUCCAAAUGUGAAACAACUGGAGAGACCCAAGUUGCCUCCUGUGGAAGGAAUGGCCCCUAAAAGGUCAGAUAUGCACUUGCAUUUUGAAGAAAGCCUUUUCAAUUCUAGUGUCCCCUAUAAGUACAGUUCCUAGAACAUGAGAUAGAGAACUUGUCAUCUGAAGCUUUAGUGGAUGUCUGCUCAGAGCAAGAUAUCUUAAUGAGUAAUUUGUUUGUACUACAGUUCUGUAGUUACCCACUUUAACAGAACCACGUUUGAAAUGCAUGUAAGAAAACCAAAAGGACAGGGCAAUUGCUUCCAUUUAAACCCUUUAUUUUGGUCAUUAUGCUUCCCUUUUCUAAUCGGCAUCCCCAGAAUAUCCACAUCCUGUUUAUGGCCAUUUUGUCUACAAAUUCUUAAAUACUUGCUCAAUACUCUAAGAAAUGUACUAUAAAAUAUAAGAACAUCCUCUAGUUAUACACUUGUAAGUUUGAAAUGUUAGGUUUAACACUUUUUUUAAACAAAGACAAUAAACAUCUGUCUUGAAUCUCAAAUUCUAGGUUAGAAAAGUGAAAAUGAAACAAGAACACAUUUCAAUGUAAAGGAAAGACCACUGUCUUCCCAUAUUUAUUAACCAAGGCUGAAGAGUCUGUUAGCAUAAAGUGUACUUAAUAUUGCUUGAUAAAUGUGUGAAUGCAGGAGCUUUCGCCUCAAAAUAAAGGAGCAACAUUGACACUCUUCUGAAUUUAAUGUUCUGACCAUCCUAAACCUGGAAACAAAAUUUUCUCCAUUAACUGCUAAAUCAAAGGAGUUAAACAGAGUCAAGGUCAUACAUCUUGGCAAUGGUGUUUCUAAACUUUUUUUCUUUAAAUGACAAACCCUCACCUUGAUUCACAAUCUUUUUUUCAGAGACCCCCUUCAUUUCAAUUGAUUUGCCAAACAGCCUUUGAAGCAAUGCUUUGCUGUUCGAAAGGCACAACUUCUUGGGUGUUGGUAGAACCACCUAUGUAGUUUUCUGGCUCCUAGCCUAUUUUUCUAAACUAACCAGUCUGAAUUCUCCUUUAUAACUGAACAGAACUUUUUCCAUCUGAGCUAGAAACAGACCUCAGUUGUCUUGAUACUUAUGCACAAUGGGCAUAGGUGUCAUUUUCCCCUUUCUGAUAUACAGGCCUCAAACCUUGUGGAACAGUGUUGUAAACUGAAAUCCAACAGGUGCUGCUUUGCCAGCCAUGGAGAAAUGGGCAAGCUGUCCCUCUUGAGUGUCUGCCAGCCAUACUGCUGUAAAAGAUGUUAAGGUGACAGCCAUAAAUACCUUCAAAAACUGCAGGCUAUGCAUUUGAAUGGAACUGUUAGUGAACUGGGUAAAUAAAUAAGAGAUCAGAUCCCUCUUAAAAUAUUGACUUCUUUGCCCUCCUUCAUGAUUUACCACCUUCACAUAAUUAUUUGCUCACUUUUUGCCUCUUCUGAAAAGGGUUCCCAAGACUGUUGAUUCUGUUGAUCCUUAUUCUAAUGAAAUUGAUGAUAAAUCCCCAUCUAGGAUCAACAGCUGCUUUUUACAGCUGCUUAAGGUGCACCAGUAACACCCAGUUACAUGUGUAGAGCACUGGGUAGAGCAUCUUAAGAACAAUGGGCCAAAACCUCUAAACUUGGUUGUCUCCUACUUGGCAACAGGUCCAGAUUUCCUCCAGGAAUCAAAGUCAAGAAAGAGAAGUUGGAAGCCUGGUUCUUGUUUCUGAAGGAAAUGCUAGACUAUUGCUCAAAUUUGAGACUUCUGUAUAUGAGGCUUUUAAGUCACUACUUUACCAAGGCUUCUGCUUCUAGAUUCUUUGCAAGUUUUAAUCAGCUCUUCUAAGUGUUCCCACAACUCUUGGGUUUUCUUUCUCUGCCAUUCUACAGGUUCCUUCAAAAACACAAGGUGGUGCAUUUUCCCUAAUAACAGAACACUUUCCUCAAUCUUAAAAACAAAAAUGCAGAAAUGGUUGCAAAGCCUGGGAAAGGCCCUGGAGGAUUAUGUUGUGUUCAACAGCUGUAAGCUACUAUAAGUGAGCACAAAAUAAAUACCUUGUGUGUAGAAGAUCAUAUGUGCUGAUUGUAACACUUCCUCCAGAAGCCACGAGGCUAACCUAUGAGAUACAGAGAAUGUGACCAGCAAAGGCAAUUGAGUUGAUCUUGGUUCUUGGGCAAAUUCACUUCGCAACAGUAAACAUUCAGUCCAAUGGUCCCCAACUUAGAAGCCUCUGACUAUGGAGGCUCAUGUGCAUCCAGUGGGUGAACUGAGAUGCUGUGACAGUUUCUUGCCCUGUAUGUUUUAUCUGGAUGGCCAUUUCCAGCUAUUUAGAUGAAGUGCCAGGGAGGGAGAGAAGAAGGAUGAGGCAUCAACAGGAACUGGCAUAAAGAGAUGAUCCUCCCACCUGUCCCCUCAGCAUACUCCUUUCCUCCUCUCUGAGGUACAUUUCAGCUCCCGGAGAGGUGGACCUAUGACAACUGAAAGAGUGGCAAGGUAGAUUCUUGGCCCUUAGAGCAUUGAAGACAGAGGACCUCAGUGCUGGGACUCCAAAGAAUUCUAAGGCCCCCUCAGAUGACAGCGAGAAGGCAUGGGAUUGUACCCUAAAUGGAGCAAUUGUUUUUAUUGAUCAUAUUGUCCACUUCUCAUAUGACUUCCUUGGAAAGUGAAAGAACUGGCAGGUAUGAACUUGAGUUGUGUGUACCAGCAUGGUGGUGGUCAACAUCUGUUUCAUCUGUGUCUUAUUAAAACAGGCAAUUAACACUUUGUUUAA